AUGGGAGACAGCUUCGUGUCCCAGCCCGAGUUCUUCGAGGUCGAGCUGGGCGAGUCGCUCAUCUCGCGCACAGAGAGCCUCGCCUCGUUCCGCGAGCUGGGCCCGCCCGACCUCGUGCACGUCAUCAAGACGAGCGGCUCCCGCGCCAGCAGCAAGGACAUUGGCUCCUACCACUACGUCUCUGGCGUCGAUGCCUCGUCAUCGGCCGCCCUCGCCGCCUACAUCAACAGCCUCACCUAUGAGCUCGACCAGAGCCCCGGCUUCUUCUCCGGCAAGAGCACCUACAAGCUCAAGAGCGGCGCAUACUGCUGCUUCAACGCCUUUUCCCGCGUCGACGUCCGUGUCGAGGUCCGCAUCCCCGGCAGCGUGGACGCCUACGUCGUCGACCUCCGCGGUGAGCGCCACGAGACCACGCCCGAAAUCUGGCAGGAGGUCUACCUGUCGGCCCUCCUCCGCGCCAUCCUCUACGCCGACGACGCAAACUACCGCCUCGCCGGCUACCGCAAGCUCGACCCCAUCUCGAGCCCCGACGCCGAGCACCGCUUCCUCCAGGCUGCCGAGAACCUCUUCUUCAAGGGCUGGCAGCUCGGCUCGGAUCCCGAGAUCCAGGUGGCCACCGUCGUCUCCAACCACCUCACCGCGGGCAUCCUCAAGUACUUUGGCGACUCUUGCCGCUACGAGCAGGCCGUCAACCUCUUCGAGAAGCUGUGGGCCCGCGAGCCCGAGGUGGCCGCCCUUGUGGCCCAGGCCUACCUCGGCAUGAACGAGGAGAUCAAGGCGGUCCAGGUGAUGCACACGGCCAUCCAGGAGACGCCCUCGAGCUACGCCCUCCUGCACACCCAGGUCGACUUCCUCCGCUCCAAGGGCAAGCACGAGUGGGCGCUCAAGCUGGCCAAGCAGGCCGUCAACCGCGCCCCGAGCGAGUUUGUCACCUGGGCCAAGCUCACCGAGUGCUACAUCGAGCUCGGCGAGUGGGAAUCGGCGCUCUACACGCUCAACUCGUGCCCGAUGUUCACCUACAACGAGCGCGACCUCCACCGCAUGCCGACGCCCGCCCGCAGCCACCUGCCCGUCAAGCAGUUCAUCUCGGAGAGCAACCUGGUCGACGAGGACAGCGCCCGCGACACCGAGGCCGACGUCGCCCUGCUGCGACUGCCAGCGCCCGCGCUGCGCGGCACGUUUGCCAAAGCCUACGCGCUCCUCGCCCGCCUGGUGAGCCAGAUCGGCUGGGACGAGCUGCUGCGGUGCCGGUCCAACGUCUUUGUCAUGGAGGAGGAGUACCGCGCCCAAAAGGCCAACGCGGGCCCUUCAAAGACUGCAGCGGCGGCACCAAACGGCGCGGGCGCCGAAGCCGACGAUGCGUCGGUGCGUGGCAUCGCACCCAGCGACGGCAACGCGGCGAGGUCUUCGGCGGGAGAUGAGCAGCAGCAGCAGCAGCAGCAGCAGCAGCAGGAUGGGAAGGACAAGCCCUUGGGCAGCCCGGUGGCGAGCGAGCACGACGACGACGACGACGACGACGACGCCGUGGAGGCAGCGGCAACAGACAAGAAGCGGCAGAGCACGCUCGGCAUCAAUUCGGCGGCCAACGCGUCGUCGCAGUCCAUACCCACGAUCAAGAUCUCGACCGAAUCGGACCACGAGCGCGAGAAGCAGGAGCUGGAAGAGUACAUGAAGACGCUCAACGAAGGGCCCAAGGAAACGAGCGAGGCAGAAAAGAGGCUGGCCGACGAGGCAAGAAAGUCGGUCCAGAUCGAUCCGCCGCCGCUCGAGAAGCCGGCGCAGGCGUCGUCGGGCCACGAAAAGAGCGACUCGACGUCGGCGACGAUUGUGCCCGGCGAGGCCAACGGCGUCCACUCGCGCGGCGACUCGGUCCAGGGCGGCGAUGCCAGCAACGCGGGCGCAUCGGCCGACUCGGCAGCGGCGGCGUCGGCGGCGGCGGCGACGGACCCGGUGUCGACGUUCAACUUUAUGAACAAGCGCCUGUGCGAGCGGUGGCUCGACAACCUCUUCAUGGUCCUCUACGAGGAUCUGCGCGUCUACACAAUCUGGCGCGCCGAGAUUGCCCACUACCGGACGCAGACGCUGCCGUACCGCAAGACGGGGACCGAGUGGGAGAUUCUGGGCGAGCUGGCGCUGCGGCUCAACCACCAGGAGGAGGGCAAGGAGGCGUUCCAGCGGUGCGUGGAUGCCAAGUUUAGCGCCAAGGCGUACCUGCGGCUGCUGGGCAUCUAUACCGAGCAGCGCGACGUGCAGCGCAGCCUGUGGACGGCGCUGCGGUUGACGGCCUACCACCACCGGUGGUACAUGGAGGGCGCGUACCCGGGCGCCGUAGCGAGCAGCCUGUUCAAGCUGAUCCGCACCGAGGGUCUGGCAAAGGUGUCGUACACGCUCGUGUCGAUGUCGCCGCCGCCGGCCAUUCUGCGAUUGAUGCAGAACUACUUUGCCUACGCCACCGUCUUCCGCGUGCCCGGCUACGACAACUGA